AGCACCCGAGAGGGAAUGAUGUGCAGCUGCAGAGGCGGCGGCAGUCCCUGAGUCCCUAGCUCAUCCCUAGCCGGGAGGGACCAGCGAGCAGCCGCGGUGACCCAAGUUCCCGCCAUGAGCAGCUGGCUGGCAGGAUUCAGCAGCGCUGGGAACUCCCGUCUGGGCUAGCGCACCGCCCAGCGUCCCCGACGCACCUGACGCUGCCAGCGCCAAUCCUGCUACCUCCACCGCCACCGCUGCGUCUCCGCCGCCACCACUGUCACCGCCGCUUCGUCUGCAGCAGCAUCUCCAGCAGCAUGUCGCGCAGGAAGAUCUCAUCCGAGUCCUUUAGCUCUCUGGGCUCUGACUAUCUGGAGACUAGCCCCGAGGAGGAAGGGGAGUGCCCCCUGUCCAGGCUCUGCUGGAAUGACAGCAGGAGCCCGCCAGGGCCACCGGGAUCCAGAUCUGCUGCCAAGACUGCCACCCCAGCUCCCGCUGCCUCCGCCGCCGCCACGGCUGCUGCUGCUGCGGCCGCCGGGUCCAAGAGGGCGCAGCGACGCCGGAGGGUAAACCUGGACUCCCUAGGCGAGAGCAUCAGCCUCCUGACAGCGCCCUCGCCUCAGACUAUACAGCUGACUCUGAAGAGGACAUUGCAGUAUUAUGAACAUCAAGUUAUCGGUUAUAGGGAUGCAGAAAAGAACUUCCACAAUAUCUCUAACAGAUGCUCCCAUGCAGACCAUUUCAACAAAGAGGAACUUGAAGAUGUCUCAGAAAUUCUCCAGUGUACUGCUAAUGUACUCGGUCUGAAGUUCCAGGAAAUUCAAGAAAGAUUUGGUGAGGAAUUCUUUAAGAUAUGCUUUGAUGAAAAUGAGAGAGUCCUUCGAGCUGUAGGUGGCACAUUGCAGGACUUCUUCAAUGGUUUUGAUGCAUUGUUGGAGCACAUUAGGACUUCUUUUGGGAAAAAGGCCACUCUGGAGUCAUCAUCUUUUCUAUGCAAAGAGCUCCCUGAAGGUACUCUUAUGCUACACUACUUCCAUCCUCAUCAUACUGUGGGAUUUGCAAUGCUGGGAAUGAUUAAGGCUGCAGGAAAGAGAAUCUAUCACUUGAAUGUAGAAGUGGAACAAAUUGAAAAUGAAAAGUUUUACUCUGAAGGCUCAAACCCAAGCAAUUGUAGUUGUCUUUCUUUCCUUAUCAAAGAAUGUGAAACUAUUCACAUCACAAAAAACAUUCCACAGGGUACUUCUCAAGUUCCUGCAGACCUCAGAAUCAGCAUCAGCACCUUCUGCAGAGCUUUUCCAUUCCACUUGAUGUUUGACCCCAGCAUGGCAAUUCUUCAGCUUGGGGAAGGCCUGCGAAAGCAGCUUCGAUGUGACACUCACAAAGUGCUGAAGUUUCAGGAUUGUUUUGAGAUCGUCUCUCCAAAGGUUAAUGCCACCUUUGAAAGGGUCUUGCUGCGACUCUCUACCCCAUUUGUAAUAAGGACCAAGUCUGAAGCUUCUGGUACUGAGAAUAAAGACAAGGUGAUGGAAAUCAAAGGACAAAUGAUCCAUGUCCCAGAAUCAAAUGCCAUUUUGUUUUUGGGCUCUCCAUGUGUGGACAAGUUGGAUGAACUCAUGGGCCGAGGACUACAUCUCUCAGACAUUCCUAUUCAUGAUGCUACCCGAGAUGUCAUUUUAGUAGGAGAGCAAGCAAAGGCCCAGGAUGGGUUGAAGAAGAGGAUGGAUAAAUUAAAGGCCACCUUAGAAAGAACUCACCAGGCCCUGGAAGAAGAGAAGAAGAAGACAGUGGAUCUGCUGUACUCCAUUUUUCCUGGUGACGUAGCCCAGCAAUUGUGGCAAGGACAGCAAGUGCAGGCCAGAAAGUUUGAUGAUGUCACCAUGCUUUUCUCAGACAUUGUGGGUUUCACAGCCAUAUGUGCCCAGUGUACUCCCAUGCAGGUGAUCAGCAUGCUCAAUGAACUUUACACCAGAUUUGAUCACCAGUGUGGAUUUUUGGAUAUUUACAAGGUGGAAACAAUAGGGGAUGCAUACUGUGUUGCAGCAGGGCUGCAUAGAAAAAGCCUAUGCCAUGCCAAACCUAUUGCUCUGAUGGCCUUAAAGAUGAUGGAACUUUCAGAAGAGGUUCUGACUCCUGAUGGAAGACCCAUUCAGAUGCGGAUAGGCAUUCAUUCAGGCUCUGUGCUAGCUGGUGUAGUUGGGGUGAGAAUGCCACGAUAUUGUCUUUUUGGAAAUAAUGUCACAUUGGCAAGCAAAUUUGAAUCGGGAAGUCAUCCUCGGCGUAUCAACGUCAGCCCAACUACCUAUCAACUAUUAAAGCGAGAAGACAGUUUCAUAUUUAUUCCUCGUUCCCGUGAAGAACUUCCAGACAACUUUCCAAAGGAAAUCCCUGGGGUCUGCUAUUUCCUGGAGGUAAGGACGGGUCCAAAGCCGCCAAAGCCUUCUCUGUCUUCAACAAGAGUAAAAAAGGUUUCCUACAAUAUUGGCACGAUGUUUCUUCGGGAGACAAGCCUCUGAGACCUGCUGUGGAUCAAAGACUCCUCCAAAAAAAGCACAAGCCCAGAACAUGGGUCCCAAUGAGGGGUGGAAGACAUUGCUUCUCUUCCAAUGCUCUGUAAGAACAUGUAGUAGAGUUUCUGUGUCAAUGUCAUGCAAUAAUCCUUGAAACAGUGAAUAACUGCUGCCAAAAAAAACCAGAAAAAAUACAAAAAAUAACUUGGAUGCUAGGAAGAAAAAAUACAAUGUAUUCAUCUAUAUGAAUGUUUCAGGUCAUAUAUAUUUUAUUUACACUUCCAGGCCCCUUUUCAAAAGUAACCAAUCAUUAGUACCUGUGCUUUGUUGCUUGUCACCCAUACAGGUAUCUCUUCCUAUAUAUUUGUACCACUUUUGAAUAUUCUCUAAUUAUCUUUUCCUAAAUAGACAUUUCAUACUUAUAUCAUAGCAGUGUGAUUAAACUUCUAAGCAAGAAGAAUUGUAACCCAGCAAAAAUAUUUUAGGGAUAUUACCUAUUUUUAUAAAUAUAUAUACAUAUAUAUAUAUAUAUCUUCUAGAUAAUAACAGUUCAAUGAACAUGAUUAGAUAUUCAGAAUGUGUUGUUGUAUUGUUGGUAUUUUAUGUAAUAUUAACAUACUAAUCUAAUAUAGUUUUGUUCAUUUAGAGAGAUUAGUGCUUGAACUAAGAACAUAUAUAUCUAAGGAUAUCAGCUGUUGAGAAACCACAUGUCUGCUUAGUGAACGUAUCUUUCAGAUUUAUUUAAUGUAGCUUGGAGUCCACAGGAAAUGGAAUUUUCUAGUAGCAGAUAAACUAAGAUUCGGGAAAGAUCUUUUUUUUUGUAAUUUUCAAAUGCAUAUCAGUUAAAACAAAUUGCUUUGCAAUACUGGGCAAUUUUCAAGUUAUAACUUAUUAAUGUAGAUGGAGUUUGCAACCUUAAAUAGUCCUCUAGUAAAUAGCAUUCUCAUGACAUGAUGUAUUAGUAAAUUCCCUCCCAUCUGGACUAAUGCCUUCUGAGUACUGACUGACAGUCUCAGAUAAAUCCCUGAAACCAGCAUUACUGACAAAGGCCUGUCAGGACAUUUGUUUUUUAUUGCCUGAACACAAAACAAAGAAAAACCCUGGAUUUCAUGGCUUUGAGACUCUAAAAAGUGUAUUCCCCUGCAUUUUUGUUUAUAAGGCAAUCAAAGCAGCAAAUCACCUCAGCAACACUAGAAAUAAUGGGUCUAACUCUCUCUCUCUAUAUAUAUAUAUAGAACCAUAUAUAUAUAUAUAUAUGUAUAUACACACAUUUAAACCUAUCUGUGUGUAUGAUUUAUACACACACACACACACACACACAUAUUUCUAUUGCAUGUUCUACUACAUUGAUGGCCUGCUACUAAUAGCCAACACUGCAUGAAAAAAAAAAUUAUUAGAGGCUCACACUGAAAUUAGGAGUGCACAGUGUGGUGAAAAUUUUCAUAUUUGGGAUCAAAUUUAAAGUCUAAACUUCUAAAGAGUUCAAUGGCCUGAAAACAUUUGCUAUUUUGAAAUAUUAGAGGGACCCUUUCUUACUCCAGUAUAUAUACUCAGUGGUAACUAUGUUUACUGAAUGUGAUAUAUAAUUUUCUGUUCAGGAAUUUGGAGCUGCAUUAAAGAUUUUACGGCACACUUUAGAUAAAGUAUAUAUUAAUUUUCAAUGUCAUCCAUGAUGGUUAAUCAAUGACUUCACAUUCUCUAUGUGUAUGACUUGGGAACAUUUAAAAUAUGCAAAGUACUUGUUUUAAUCAUGUUCUUUCUAAUUUGAGCUGGGUUCUUGCCCUGGUAUAUUGACAACACUAGUUUAACAACCUUCACAUAGAGAAAGCAAGUUAUAACGACUCCAGUUUCUAUGCUCUUACCUCUUCCCCCAGGUAUAGAUCUCUAUCUUUUACAUCACACUGAUAGAUGCUCAGGGAAUGACUUGGAGGCUUUGUAGCCUGAGGCUGGUGUAUUCUCAUGAGCAUAAUAAUAAAUGAAUUUCUUCAAGAGACUUGGGUAUUAGCCCACCUUCUUCAGAGUAGAGGGAUUGGGAGAAGUUGUAGGGAGUACAGCUGGAAUAAGUGAGAAAAACAAAGUAGUCAUGAUCAUAUUCAAAAAUGCCUGAAGAAAACUGAGUGUCUCCUAAUUGUUGAGGAACAUGAAAAGAGAGCCACGCUCACCAAGUCCAUUUAUGACUAUUAUGUAUAGUAACUGUUUAUUAUAAUAUAUUUAAUUAUUCAAUAGUGAAUAAACAUGUUCUGUAACCGUAAGGCUGAAAAAAGGUUUCCAAGGUACCAUCCAAUCUACUUCUAUACUUUUUUGUAAAGAUUUGUCUGAGCAACUAGCUUUAACACAUAAUUAUUCUCCCUGUAUUUAAGAAAAUAUAUAAGAAAUGUACACACGCAUACACACGUGUGUGUGUUUUAAAACCUAUUAUUUCAAAUCCACUCCAUUAUUCAGUAAUUUCUUAUAGUGCUCACAUGAGAAUUUGUUCAUUUAUUCUCAGUUUUUUUCAAAAUAUCACAAACUUUGCAUUUGUUUACAUUAGUUUACACAGAGAGGAAAUAGUCAUUACAUUGCCAGAAAUGUCACAUUAAAGAACAUUAUAGAAAUCUAUUAUAUAUCACUGACAGUCAUCUAUAGUCUUCAAAUACUAUAAUCUAAAUGCAUUUCUGAAGACAGUAUGAGAAAAGAGUUUAAUAGUUUAUGAAUUUUCCAGACUAUUUCAAAUGACCAUAAUAGUUUCACCAUUGUUGUAUGUGCUUGUGAGGCACUACAUUAAAGAUAUAUAUAUAAUCUUUAUUCUGGCUGCAGUCACAGA